GCUUUGACUCGGUGGGUCGUCCUCUUCUCUUUCUGCUCUCCGGUCUCCAGUGAGGAUUUACAUACCCUGAUUUCCGUGGGACUGGGAAGCGAAAGAGGAGGGUGUUGAGUCUUUCUGAGGAACUGAGGAAACACCCGCAGAAAACAGCUUUAAUAUAACUUAAAUGUACAACUUUUCUCCCCGUGAAGCUACUUUCCUCAGCGGCUCUUCUCACUGGGUGCUUGUUGUAGUCUGGAGGAAAGCUGGGAGGUUUUCUCAGGAGAAGUCUGGAAGAAAGCUUGAGUUGAACCCGGUUUGAAGGGCUGUGGCCAUGGCCGGUGGAGGAGGAGGUGGAGGAGGAGGAGGUGGUGGUGUUUCUGGUGGUGUUUCUCCGUUGGGGCCCGCAGCACCGCCGAUGUGGUAUCACCGGGACCUGAGUCGAGCUGCGGCCGAGGAGCUGCUCGCCCGGGCCGGCAGAGACGGCAGCUUCCUGGUGCGGGACAGCGAGAGCGUCAACGGGGCUUACGCUCUGUGUGUACUGUUUCAGAAGCAUGUCCACACAUACAGAAUCCUCCCGGAUGAAGACGGAUUUCUGGCUGUACAGACAUCUCAGGGCGUGCAGCCUAAGCGGUUUAAGACGUUACCAGAGUUGGUGUCGUUGUACCUGCAGCCCAGUCAGGGUCUGGUCACCACGCUGCUUUACACUGUGGACAGAGAGGAAACAGCUGUCAGCGAUGACAGGGACUACUCAGAUGGGGAGGAUGAGAAGCCACCCCUCCCCCCUCGCUCUGCCUCCACGUCCACUCCCCCUGGACCAGACACACCCACAGACAGUGCUCCAGCAGCUAAUGGCCUGAGCACCAUCUCCCACGAGUACCUGAAGGGCAGCUAUGCUCUGGACCUGGAGGCAGUCAAACAGGGAGCCUGCUCCCUCCCUCACCUCAACAAGACACUAGUGGCCUCCUGCAAACGCCUCAACGGGGAAGUGGAUAAGGUUCUGUCUGGUCUGGAGAUCCUGUCAAAGGUCUUUGAUCAGCAGAGUGCUUUCAUGGUCUCCAAGAUGAUCCAACAGUCGGUGAAUCAGGGUGGAGACCAGGAGUUGGAGAACCUUGUGACCAAGCUGGCAAUUCUCAAAGACCUGUUGUCCUCCAUAGAGAAGAAGGCUCUGAAAGCUCUCCAGGACAUGAGUUUGUCCUCUCCGUGCUCCCUUCCUCCUCUCUCCAUGCGUCACAGCAAAGCCAUCCCUGUGCAGGCCUUCGAGGUGAAGCUAGAUGUUUACCUGGCAGAGCUGACGAAGAUAGGAAAGAGUCAGAAGUACACUCUAUCUGUGGACGUGGAGGGAGGACGACUAGUCGUGAUGAAGAAGGUGAAGGACAGCCAAGAGGACUGGACCACCUUCACACAUGACAAAAUCCGUCAGCUGAUCAAGUCUCAGCGGGUGCAGAAUAAACUGGGCAUUGUUUUUGAGAAGGAGAAGGACAAGAGCCAGAGGAAAGACUUCAUCUUUGCUAGUGCCAAGAAGCGGGAGGCAUUUUGCCAGCUGCUGCAGCUGAUGAAGAACAAACAUUCCAACCAAGACGAGCCAGACAUGAUUUCCAUCUUCAUAGGCACCUGGAAUAUGGGCUCAGUACCUGCGCCUAAGUCUCAGGCCUCAUGGGUGUUGUGCCGUGGCCUCGGGAAGACUCUAGACGAGAUGACGGUCACCAUCCCUCAUGACCUCUAUGUGUUUGGAAGCCAAGAAAACUCUGUGUGUGAUCGGGAGUGGGUGGAGUCACUACGUGCCAUGUUGAAAGAACAGACAGAGCUGGAUUAUAAACCGAUCGCAGUGCAAACUCUGUGGAACAUAAAGAUCGCUGUGUUGGUGAAACCUGAACACGAGAACCGGAUCAGCCACGUGGGGAUGUCCAGUGUCAAGACGGGCAUCGCCAACACACUGGGUAACAAAGGAGCUGUGGGUGUGUCCUUUAUGUUCAACGGGACAUCUUUCGGCUUUGUGAACUGUCACUUAACAUCAGGGAAUGAGAAGAUUGCCAGGAGGAACCAGAACUACCUAGAUAUCCUCCGCCUGCUGUCACUAGGAGACAAACAGCUGAGCUCCUUCGACAUCUCGCUGCGCUUCACACACCUCUUUUGGCUGGGAGACCUCAACUACAGGCUGGAUAUGGACAUACAGGAGAUUUUAAACUACAUUAACAGGAAGGAGUUUGAGCCCCUGCUGAAGGUGGACCAGCUCAACCUGGAGAGGGAGAAGAACAAAGUCUUUCUACGCUUUGGGGAGGAAGAGAUCUCAUUCCCACCCACCUACCGUUAUGAACGUGGCUCAAGGGACACAUAUGUCUGGCAGAAGCAGAAGGCCACAGGGAUGAGGACUAAUGUCCCAUCCUGGUGUGACAGGAUCCUGUGGAAGUCGUACCCAGAAACACACAUUGUCUGCAACUCCUAUGGCUGUACAGAUGAUAUCGUGACCAGUGAUCAUUCCCCUGUGUUUGGUACCUUCGAGGUGGGGGUGACCUCCCAGUUUGUCUCUAAGAAAGGUCUGCCAAAGUCCUCAGAGCAGGCCUAUAUUGAGUUCGAGAGCAUCGAGGCCAUAGUGAAGACGGCGAGCAGAACCAAGUUCUUCAUCGAAUUCUACUCCACUUGUCUGGAAGAGUUUAAGAAGAGCUACGAGAACGACAGUCAGAGCAGCGACAACGUCAACUUCCUGCGUGUGGGCUGGUCCAACAAGCAGCUAACGACGCUCAAACCUCUGCUCUCAGAGAUCGAGUACCUGCAGGACCAACAUCUGCUGCUGACCGUGAAAUCACUGGAUGGAUAUGAGUCCUACGGAGAGUGUGUGUUGGCUCUGAAGUCUAUGAUUGGCAGCACAGCACAGCAGUUCCACACCUACCUGUCCCACCGUGGCGAGGAAACAGGAAAUAUCAGGGGGUCCAUGAGGGUCAGAGUCCCGUCCGAAAGAAUGGGAACCAGGGAGAGACUCUACGAGUGGAUCAGUGUGGACAAGGAUGAGACGGGUGGACCUAAAGGGAAAUCCACUUUGGUAUCCAGAGUGGGACAUGAAUACGUCAAGCCGUCUGUGGUCCGUAAACAGCUUGGAGAGCUGGGAAAAGUCAGUGAGGAGGGAGAAAGGAGCAGCAAGGAGGAAACUGCUGCUAGGCCCAAACAGGAAGCACCGGACGGCGACCCAUCCAUCUGCAAGAACAGCUAUAAUAACCCCGCCUACUACAUCCUGGAGGGCGUUCCCAACCAGUCGGCAGCUGCUCUUUCGCCUGAGCUUCUUCCGUCUCCUACCUCCGCAAACCCCCAGGUAGCUAAACCUCCUCCUCCCUCAGCUGGAGCUCGAACCAAACCCCCCUAUGUGGCCUCAGUGCCCUCUCACCCACGCAGACCCAUGACGGGGCACCCGGUCCGCGCUAUUAGCGAGGAAGGCUCCUCAGAGGACGAUGGCGGUGCCUGUGUGGCAGGAGCGCAGGGGGGUGGUGUCGUAACAACAGUCGGAAGCACUCUAAAUCGACCCCCUCCUGACUUCCCCCCUCCUCCUCUCCCUAAGGGAGCCCUGGAGAUGGUCGCAGAGGCCCCCUUCUCCAAACCUCGCCCUCUUUACCCAGACCUAGCCGAGGUCAGGAUCCCAGCAGCCGGUCCUGCUGCCCCUCUGGCCCUCGGAGAGGGUUUCAGACGAGGUGGAGGAGGAGGAGGAGGAGGACAGGGGGUGUUGGACGACCAGUCGUGUUCUGUGCUUCAGAUGGCAAAGACACUGAGUGAGAGUGAGUUUUCUGGGCAGCCUCCACGCGCUCCGUCUGCACCGCCACCUCUUAGAGGGCAGCCGAUGGGUUUAGGUCUGGACGCCUGCCGCACCUUCCCACCCAGGAAGGCCAUCACAGAGAGUAUCGCAGAGGACAUGCCUGAGGAGGCACUCUGGGGCAGCAGUAGCUCGUCUUUGUCUGUUGGGGAAUCCUCAGUGGGAGAGUGGCUUGGGAGACUGGGACUGGAGAGGUAUGAGCAGGGUCUUCUACACAACGGCUGGGACGACCUGGAGUUCCUCAGUGACAUCACAGAGGAGGACCUGGAGGAGGCGGGAGUGCUCGACCCCGCCCACAAGCGAAUCCUGCUGGAGAGCCUCAGGCAGCAGCAGCAGCCGCCGAAAUAAACUGUUUAAAACUGGUCUACGACUGGUCCAAACUGGCCUGGUACCACACCAGGUCCCAACAGGCCAAAUCUCAGCUGAACUGAACUGAACUGAACUGAACUGAGCUGGAACGUGCCAAUUGAUGCCGGACUGUGCCUUCUGAGAGAAAUUGCACUUCUAUUUGUACUUUCAACAAAACACUUGUAGAACCACCAUCUUUUUUCACAUGUACUGUAUGUGUGUUGUCGUUGUCGUAGAGGUGGCCUUAUUUAAUGAGAAUCAUUUCAGUCCUUCAAGCGUCACUACAUAACAAGCCUCAUCUUAAAAAGCUAGUGAGAAGAUGCAGGGUGAGAUAAUAUAGUUUUUCUGGCCAGACAGAAUUGGAGAUAUGACUCACGUGUAGAGCAGCUGAUGCUGUACCAUCACUUCUGACCUGCAGCUUCAAGCUCGUGUUAAAGUUUUUCUUUCUUUGUCCUGAGAAACUUUAUCUGAGAAGUUUAACACUCCUCAGAUAUGGGGAACGUUCAAGUUUAAGCAAAAUGAAAAGAGGGCUUUUUGUGGGAAACCAAAGCCUUGAAAUCACACUGCACUACUGUGUUUUGCAGUUCAGACUCUUUUAACAACAACGUGUUCUUGUCUCUCCACUAAUGGUCAAAUUAGGGGAAACUAUGUGGGAAUUGUUAGAGAGCACUCAAGGGUAAUGUCAGCCCACAGCUCGGGAACGCCCUUGCUUUCUGUGACGGAGGCGUCUUUACAGGAAGUGGUGACAGGAGAGGAGCUAGCCCUGACUCAUGUCAGGCUAAAGCGAGCUCAACUAGCAUUUCUCCAGUUUUGUAUUUUUGUCAUGAAGUUCGGGCCACUGUUGUUUAAAUGGUGGCAAUUAAUGUCUCAGUGUCUCUGCAUAUAUUUAUGGUUUUAUGUUUGUUUUUUUAAGGAUAAAGGGAAUAUGGAGCAAAUCAACCAAACAGGUCCCAGUGGAGCUGAAAGUGCAUAUUUCACCUUGGUACAGCAUUUAACUGACUGUGUUAGACAUCAGUACUGCUGGUGUGUGAUCUGUUUGCACUCAACACUGACAUUUCAGAUUUUUUUCCUAACAAUUGCAGAUUGUGACAAGUUGAUUACAACUUACAAGUAACCUUAAACGUUCACAAAUGACACAUGCAGCAUACCGAUUCUUGGAACAAUCAGUUUUCGGUUGAUUGAUUAAGAAAAUCAAGUAGAUAAGGCAAUAAAAUCCCAAGUAUACAUGAGGUAAUAAAUGCUGUACCAAAGUGAAGUUUCACUCUGAAAGUUUUCCCCAGCACAUUUCUCAUGAUCACACUGUCUGCGAGGACAUUAAAUUCCAAUUUACAGAAGAAGGCAAAUCUUAUUUUAGCAUCCCAUAACCGAGGUGUGAUGGGCUUUAUGUCGCAUCUUUCGCUCAUUUUAAAUCAUGUAAAUGGAGCAGUGUUCAGGGAAUUGGUUAACAUAGCUAAAUAGAUUAACUAAUUGUUCUACUGAAGAUUUACUAAGCCAUUUUAUCGUCAUUGUCUUGGAGAAACCAUUUGUCACCAAAACAUUUGUUUUCCUGUAAUACAGUUUAGAGAUCUUGCUGAUUUUAUUUGAUUCUUUUAUAACAUUACUAGCCCAGUUUUAGACAUGUUUUAUACUCGUGGGAGAAGAUGUCACCUCUCAUGAUGCAUUGAAAAGAAGUAACGUCAGGUUUCUGCAGGACACAGAUGGUUUGAUGGCUGUUGUUGUUCCCUGAUGUAACCAGCAGGUGUUGCUGCUACUCCAUAAACCUCAUCAGUAGGUUUGUUGCUGACUGUGGAAAACUUUGGGAAAAUAAGAGUUUGUUUAUAUAUAUUGUUCUUGAGCAGUUAAGAAUCAGAGAGUUAACUUACCUGUUAGUGUUCAGAAAGCCUUUAUUUGUUCUUAACUUAAAUCCUGCCUCCUCUUCUUAGAUGCCAAACAAUUAAGCCAGUUUAUAGUUGUUUUAAGAGAUGCAGAUGUUGCCUCAAAUGUAGAACUCUAAAACUCUCAGUGAAUGUGUCGUAGCACUUACAUUCAUGUGUGUUUCUCCUCCUAAUUUUCCAAAAGCAUCCUUGAAUUAUGUUGCUCACAUGCAACCUUAGCCUGUUAUGUGUUGUACAAUUUGUCUAAUUUUCUAACAGCCAAAUAAUCACAAUGCAGACAAUGUGGAUCUGCCGUUCAGACGUGUUAGAGCUCUUUUUAAGCCAUUUUGGCCUCGCAGUGUUCUCGGUUAUGUGUGUGUUUGAGUGUGAGUGUGUGUGUGUUUGUAUAUGUGUGCAUGAGUGAAAAAGAGACCAUUGUUGUCUUCUCUGAAACACUCCGUUUUAUCUUUUUUCCUUCAUGUAGUCGCCUCUUUUGAUUAUGUUAAGUUAAUGUAAGUUUAUGUACUUGUUUUUUUCAAUUAAAAUCUAAUAUCUUUCCUUAUUUUCUACAUU